GCGGCGAGAAUCAGGUCGAACACGAUGGGCCGUGGGUGGGCUAGAUUCCAGACAUGCGGGGCGGGGCGGGGCGGGGCGAGCGAUGGAGGGACCUGCAAGUGGCAGACGGACGAGAGACGAGAGGCAUUAUGGGUUCGAAACUUACCGCAACCGGAGGCAGGCCGAGCGUUUGGCAAGCUUUGUGUCCGAGAGAUCUCGUGCUUAGAGUUACUGUCGUAAGUGGGAAAUAGCUGUUUUCGUUCGGGCUAUAUAUUUGCCAUGACUGCCUGAGGACUCUGGUCGCCACAAGGAUGUCUGUGGCUCGAGCAGCCGCUGUGCCCUUCUUCCUCGACCUCGCCUCGCUCCGAGCCAUAAUACAAAGCUUUCACGUUCUCCCUCGGGAUUCAUAGCGAGACAGCGCCGUCGCUUGAGAAAUUACCGAUUCUCGCGCUGGACUUGUCACUGCUUCACUCUCUUCGGAUGUCGUUGUUGUGAAUCACAUGGAGUCUUUAUUUGAGCUUCCCGGUCUCAGAAUCUUGAUCGUCUGUACAAGUCUAUGAGUCUGCGUUCUACUAUCCGACUGUCACCUUCAUGAACUAAUUUGGUUUACAAAUUUCAGUGGCGAGGUGUCUCGCGUGCGAUCAGUUUAAAGCAUGUGUGCCUGACGCCACCCGAAAUUUCAUGACGGAAAGAAACUUGUUGAGCCUCCCGCGCGGACGCUCUCUUUCAGGAACUAUGUGAACGGGUCAGGAGCUGAUUUUACAUGUACUCCAUGAUGUCUAGUAUCUUCUGCUCGAUGGUGCGAGCACAGGAAUUACGCAGGUGACAGAACUGGGGCAGCUUCAAGUCACGUCUGGAACCGGUGGAUAGAACCUGGGUAGCAGUGUGCUGAAGCUCAGUCUGCAGCCUUCAAGAUGGCGGCCUCCACCGGGCUGGAUACCAUGGACGUUUUCAAUGAAAGGUCCAUCAUGCAUCAUCACAGAAGAAGUUCUAGCAGUGUGAGGACGAGUAGCAGAUGGGGCCUCGGUGGAGAUAAUGUUUUCUCGCGGGGUUCUGAAUCAAGAAGGGAAAUUGAAUUCGAUGACGAAGAAGCUCUAAAGUGGGCUGCGUUAGAGAAGCUUCCAACCUAUGAUCGUCUUAGAACCACAAUUCUAGAAAAGAUGCAAGGCAACAAGGUGGAGCACGAGCAAAUUGACCUGUCACAGAUUGGGCCUGAUCAACGACAGGAACUCAUUCAGAAGCUGUUCGGUUUUUCCAGUCCUGAGGAAGAUAAUGCAAGGUUUUUAUACAAAUUACGUGACCGAAUCGACAAAGUGGAGAUCCCGCUUCCUACAGUCGAAGUUCGCUUUGAACAUUUGAAUGUCGAAGCAAAAUGUCACGUUGGUGGGCGAGCUCUACCAACACUCUUCAAUGCCGCACUGAACACCGUUGAGGGAUGGUUGAAUACUAUCGGAGUGCCCGUGACAAAGAAAAGAGAUAUCACCAUUCUCAACGAUGUCUCUGGAAUUAUCAAUCCGGGCAGGAUGACAUUGCUCCUGGGCCCCCCUGGCUCCGGGAAGACUACGUUCCUGCUCGCUCUAGCUGGAAAGCUAGACAAGGCCUUGAAGGUACAAGGCAAAAUUACCUACAACGGACAUUCUUUGCACGAAUUUGUGCCUGAAAAAACGUCCGCUUACAUUAGUCAGAAUGACUUGCACAUCGGUGAGAUGACCGUGCGUGAGACACUAGAUUUUUCUGCCCGAUGCCAAGGAGUUGGAACUCGUUAUGAGCUUUUGAGCGAGCUGUCCAGGCGAGAGAAGGAGUUGGGUAUUCACCCCGAUCCCAGCAUAGAUUUCUUCAUGAAAGCGACAGCCAUGAAGGAGAAUUCAAGUGCUCUUAUCACCGACUACACUCUGAAGAUCUUAGGUUUGGACGUGUGUGGGGACGUCGUCGUUGGUGACGAAAUGCGCAGAGGAAUAUCUGGAGGCCAAAAAAAGAGGGUGACCACAGGAGAAAUGAUUGUGGGGCCUAUGAAGACUUUAUUCAUGGAUGAAAUCUCCACUGGAUUGGAUAGUUCUACAACGUUUCAAGUUGUGAAAGUUCUUCGCGACGUCACUCAUGUUUUGGAGUCUACGAUUCUGAUGUCUCUUCUCCAACCAGCUCCGGAGACUUUUGAUCUAUUUGAUGAUAUAAUUUUGCUUUCUGAGGGUCAAGUAGUAUACCAUGGCCCGAAAGACAACAUUUUAGAGUUUUUUGAGAGUUGCGGUUAUAAAUGUCCGGACCGGAAGGGAGUAGCUGAUUUUCUGCAAGAGGUAACAUCCCGGAAAGAUCAAGAACAAUAUUGGUUUGAUAAGUCCCGACCAUAUCAGUACACUUCCGUCAAGGAUUUUGUGGAGGCCUUCAGGAUAUCUCCGGUUGCACAAGCGACGUCUGAUGAAUUACAGCAUCCGUACGACAGAUCGAAGAGUCAUAAGGCAGCCCUUUCCUUCGACAGAAAUUCUGUCACCAACUGGGAGAUUUUCAAGAUUUCUUACGACCGAGAAUGGUUGCUAAUGAAAAGAAAUUCUUUCAUCUACAUUUUUAAAACCGUGCAGAUCGGAAUCAUGGCUCUCAUUGCAAUGAGCGUAUAUUUCCGUACCGAAAUGCCCCGAGAAACUUUACAGGAUGCUCAAGUCUUUGGUGGAGCUCUCUUCUUCGGUAUUGUCAGCAUUAUGUUCAACGGCUUUGCCGAGUUGGCUAUGACUAUCGUUCGGCUUCCCGUGUUCUAUAAACAAAGAGACCUUCUAUUUAUACCAGCAUGGUCUUUCAGUUUAGCGACAUUUAUCUUGAGACUUCCCAGUUCUCUCUUCGAAUCGAUGAUGUGGAUCAUCAUCACUUAUUAUACGAUCGGCUUUGCCCCUGCUGUUGGCAGGUUUUUCCGACAGCUGCUUCUUUUCACUUGUACACAUCAAAUGUCAUCAGCGCUUUUUCGUCUGAUUGCCGGACUCUGCCGUACCAUGAUUGUCGCAAACACAGGAGGAUCAUUUUCUCUCCUCGUCAUCUUUGUGCUUGGAGGAUUCCUUGUUCCUAGAACCUCUAUAAAACCUUGGUGGAUUUGGGGAUACUGGUCUUCUCCUCUAUCUUACGCUCAACUGGCAGUUAAUGUCAACGAGUUCCUAGCUCCACAAUGGGACAAGAUUGAAGAAGGUUACACAGAGACUCUGGGAAUCCGUUACAUCAAGUCUAUGGGUGGUCUGACAAGGGGUUAUUGGUUCUGGAUCAGCAUUGGCGCUUUGAUUGGAUAUACUAUACUGUUUAACAUUUUGUUUACUCUUUCCUUGACAUACUUGGAUCCCAUUGGCAAACCUCAAGCUACCAUAUCUGAAGAAACGCUAGCCGAACAGGAGGCUAAUCUCACGGGUGAAACUCGCAUGUCUUCUUCAAAGAGGUCCAUUCCCCGAUCACUGUCUGCUGCUAAUGGCAACUCUUUCCAAUAUCGUCGAAGUUCUCUCAGCGUAGACAGACCGGACGUUGGGGAAUUAGCCAUGUCCAGAAUGAGUUCUUCAUCAGUGGUCAGAGAAUCAAUGGAGUUAGAUCGGGCGGCCGGAGUCGCACCAAAACGAGGCAUGAUUUUACCAUUCCAACCUCUGUCUAUCAGCUUCAACGAAGUGGAGUACUUCGUCGAUAUGCCAGCAGAAAUGAAGGCCCAGGGUGCUGAAGAUGAUAAACUACAGCUUUUGCGAAAUAUGACCGGAGCUUUCAGACCUGGAGUUCUCACCGCUCUCGUAGGAGUAAGUGGUGCCGGGAAGACCACUCUCAUGGAUGUGUUAGCUGGAAGAAAAACUGGGGGCUACAUCCAGGGUGAUAUCAGGAUCUCUGGCUUUCCCAAGAAGCAAGAGACUUUUGCUCGGAUAUCUGGAUAUUGUGAACAAACCGAUAUUCAUUCCCCACAAGUUACUAUACAUGAAUCUCUUAUUUACAGCGCUUGGCUUCGACUGUCGAAAGAUAUCGAUGACGAGACCAAAUCGAGAUUUGUAUACGAAGUUAUGGAGUUGGUGGAGCUGACAUCUCUGAAGGACGCACUAGUUGGUCUUCCGGGUGUGUCCGGACUGUCUACCGAGCAGCGGAAGCGGUUGACUAUUGCCGUAGAACUUGUAGCCAAUCCUUCAAUCAUCUUCAUGGACGAGCCGACUUCUGGUCUCGACGCUCGUGCUGCAGCUAUUGUAAUGAGAACAGUUCGAAACACUGUUGAUACAGGGCGGACUGUGGUGUGUACGAUUCAUCAACCAAGUAUUGACAUAUUUGAAGCUUUUGACGAGCUCCUUUUACUGAAGCGUGGAGGGCAAAUAAUUUACGCUGGGCCAUUAGGUCGACAGUCUCACAAACUGGUGGAAUUUUUUGAGGCAGUACCUGGCGUACCUAAGAUCAAGGAAGGAUACAAUCCAGCUACUUGGAUGUUGGAAGUCAGUAGUAUGGCCGUAGAGCAGCGGCUUGGAAUAGACUUUGCUGAGUACUACAGAAAGUCCUCUUUAUAUCUGCGAAACAAAGCUUUGGUUGAUGAACUUAGUAUCCCUGCUCCAAACGCCAAAGACCUCUGGUUUCCCUCUCAGUACUCACAAACGUUUCAAGCUCAAAUAUCCGCUUGCUUGUGGAAACAAAACAUCACAUAUUGGCGAAGCCCAGACUACAACAAUGUGCGGUUCUUCUUUACAGUUGGUGCAGCACUACUUUUUGGCUCAAUUUUCUGGAACAUGGGGAAUAAUAGGUCCAAGGAAAGUAAUCUGUUCAGCAUUUUGGGAGCGAUGUACGGUGCAGUUUUAUUCAUUGGCGUAAAUAAUGCUUCGACAGUACAACCUAUUAUCUCAACAGAACGUACAGUGUUUUACAGAGAACGAGCUGCAGGGAUGUACUCAGCUGUACCUUAUGCCAUUGGUCAGAUCCUCAUUGAGUUACCGUAUAUACUGCUACAGACUUUGCUCUACUCCUUGAUCACUUAUGCCAUGAUAGGCCUGGAAUGGACUGCAGUGAAAUUUUGCUGGUACUUCUUUUUCAUGUUCUUCACAUUUCUUUACUUCUCAUACUACGGAAUGAUGGCGGUUGCUCUCACACCCAACCAUCAACUUGCAUCCAUCGUGGCGGCGUUCUUUUACUCGAUUUUCAACCUCUUCUCAGGCUUUCUCGUAACCAAAACGAGAAUUCCGAUAUGGUGGAUCUGGUAUUAUUGGGCAUGUCCAGUAUCUUGGACCCUGUAUGGCUUACUGGCAUCACAGUUUGGUGACGUGACGGAGGUGUUAACCCUGAAUGAUGACUCGCAAAAAAUGGUGAAGGAUUUCAUCAAGGAUUCUUUUGGAUUUGAUUACGAUUUCCUUCCGGUGGUGGCGAUCAUGCUUGUAAUCUUUCCAGCGCUUUUUGGAUCGAUUUUCGUAAUCGCCAUCAAGUUUUUUAACUUUCAAAACCGUUAAGCAGGAGUGUCUUCAAGCUAUAUACUCUUUUUGCAGACAACCAAGUACCUCUCCUGCAAACACCAGUGGUUGAAGACGAGUGUACUUCAUCACGCAGCGCAAAUGAGCUGUGCGUAGGGUGUUAACCUAAUAUGAACAUCCGGACAGCAUUCUCUUCUCUACAUUCUACUGCGAAUUGUGCAAAGGGGGGAACGGACUGAUCACUGCAUUAUCGUUGCACUUGAGGAAGUCGGAAAUGAGGUCUUUUAACUCUGGAAGAAUUCUGCUAUCUUGAUAUGAUGAAGCAUAAGUUUUGUUCAAUAGGUUUUGAGGGCAGAAGCUUCUUCAUUCUGCUUGUUGUACGAUAGAGUUGUGUAUAGACGAACAAAGCGAUGGUGCACUCGUAGAGGGUAGCAACACUAGAUAAUUGUCAGGCGAAUCAGAUUCGCAGGACAUAGAUUAGAGGAGCAAAAAGUAAAUACUGAGUUGGUGGAAAUACUGUAGUGAUGGAAAAAGGCUUAAGCCAAACCUAAGUAUUUUCUGGUGAGAAUAUGUUCAAGUUUUACGUUGUAACCAACGGGUAGAAUGAUGGAAAGGAUUUACCUGCUCUGUGUGACACAGUCUGUGAACACGUAACCCAAUUGGACAACUUCUUAAUGGAAAGGCUGCAACUCAAACUUAAAGACCUAAUCUUCCUU